AAAAAAAAAAAAAAAAAAAAACGGCUCUGCGCGUGAGUGUGACCGUUCAACGGCUGCCAGCUUUUAACGGCUCCACGAGCUCCUGCUUUUUAAAUUAAACUGACACACCAGCAGCUUUAGCUUUAUUCCUUAAUGUUGCUACGAGGAGGGCUGGGUUUUUACACGGGGGUUGCAUCACAUUUGACGAAAGAACAGACAAAAAAAAAGAAAAAUGGUUUAACGGUUGAUCUGAUAUUGUGGUGUACUGGCCCUUUAAGUGAAGUCCACAGGGGGAGGGGGGGAGCCCAAUGAUGGCAUCUUUUCUCACCUAACUCCGGAUCAGUCAUUAAUUAACAAAUACAUGCGCUUGCUAAUGAUGAAUCCAGCGUCUACAAAAAAAAAAUAAAUAAAAAUAAUAAGCCUGACAUUUUCUAUUGUGCCGUGAGGCCAGUGUGACGGCAUUUUAUAGUGAUUAAAGCCACGUAUUCACACCAAACACCCACUCGUGUUGUGCGCGAGGAUGCUGAUGCUGAUUUGUCAACCAGCUAACAACAGCUACGCCUCCGGGCAAGCUGCUGUUAGCAUUAAUUAGCUUGCCUUUUUUUUUUUUUUACACAAACAAGGGAGGGUACAUCGUGUCUGGAAUUCACGAAAAUAAUGUGGUGUCGCAAAUAGCUACAGCACGUACCGACAGCUCCAAGCCAUGGAUCCGAGCUGCAGUGCCUCAGCUGCUCCUGCUGGUUUGACAGUCCAGGUGUGUUUCCCCGGAGCCCGAGCUGCGGUUCUGGACAAUCUGAACCGCCAGCGGGAGGAGGGCCGGCUGUGUGACCUCUCCAUCCAGGUGCAGGGUCAAGUCUUCAGGGCCCACCGCUGUGUGCUCGCCGCAUCCUCGCCUUACUUUCAUGACCAGGUCUUACUGAAGAAUGUCACAACUGUUUCUCUACCUUCAGUUAUGGACCCAGUGGCCUUCGAGAGUGUCCUGAGUUCUGCCUACACAGGCCAGCUGAGCAUUGUGCAUGAUGACAUUGUGAACUACGUCACUGUGGCCAGUUUCCUCCAGAUGUGGCACAUCGUAGACAAGUGCACCGAGAUCCUGAAGAGGCCCCGGCCCUCGGCGGAAGUCAUCCCUGGAGAGGCGGCUGUAGCACACCAUGGCACUGCAUCUCGCCAGCAGUCCCCGAGCAGCACAGACUGCUUAUACCUGGAAACGGAGGGAAGAAGGAAGGAGAGGAAGCCUGAUGCGUUACCCCCCUUAGCUACAUGGAGACGGCCGCAGCAAUUUCCUAGAUGGGGGCGUCCACGGGCCUCAUCAGCUCAGCACUUAGCAGACUCUCAACUGGACACGCUCCCUGGAUAUGCGGAUAGUGAUUACACCAGCUGUGAGGAGGCAUGGGUAUCGAGCCAGGCUAAAACAAGCCAGUUUGUUCAUGAUGGACCAGGACAUAAUACCCGGAACCACGGGGGGUUCCCUGGAGGUGACGCGUUAAAGCAGAAAGUCAGAUUUCAACAGCGGGGAGCGCCGGCAAAUGCUGAUAGGCUACUUGAUAAGAAUAGAGAGAGCGGGGACUGUGAUGAGAUGCGAGAGAGGAGGAAGGGUGAGAAGAGGGAGAUUGAGGCCGAUGAGGGAGUAGGAGAGGAGGCGGAGGAGAAGAAGGAAGGCUUUGCACAAAUGGGACACUGUGGCCUCCACGCAAUUUCAAAUGAGAGUGUAGGUCCCGGACAAAUCACAGGGAAGCCCAGUGUGGAGGAGAUGAAGGAGAAAGUUCAGAGAAGCUUGGUAGAAAGCGAUCCCUCCUCAGGCCCGCCCAGUGUUCACGCUUGCACAACAGACGGAGGAGCUCCAGGUCCGCCCUGUCCGGUCUCAACCCGGCUGCAGUGGCAGAUGGGUCCCUGGUCUCAACAAGAGCAGAGGCCUCAGGAGGGAGAGGCCGGCAGCUGCAGUAAAGACGAGGAUGACGAGGAGGAGGAAGAGGACUUUGAGGGUUUCACCGAGGGGACCUUCAGCAGAGACACGUAUGACGAGAUUGAAGAUGGCACAGGGCAGGUGUCCCAGAGGCCUUUGGUGCCGGUGUCUCCUGACUUCACUGUGGCAGGCUCAGAGGUGAACUGGCCUUCCACCAGCGUGGGACAAGGUGGCUCACUGACUCCCACCUCAAAUCGCAAUUUGUCUCCAUCCUCCGCUGCGUUUCCACCACCCUGUUCACCCCCAACCCCAUCUUCCUCCUCCUCCGUCUCUCUUGCUGGCGCCCCCUACACAGGAAAAGUCCACUUCUGUCACUGUGGCAAAGCCUACACCCUGAAGAGCAUGCGUGACCGGCACGUGAAGAUGCAGCACCUCAAUCUACGGCCCUUUGGCUGUCCUGUUUGCACAAAGUCCUUCAAGAUGAAGCACCAUCUAACCAAGCACCUUAAGACUCACGGGGGGCUGCGGCCCUACGAGUGUGGCCUGUGUGGGAAGAAAGUCAUCUGGAGGGACAGCUUCCUCAGGCAUCAGGCCCGAUGUGAAAGACUCGCCUCUAGCUCUUCAGCUAACAGCAACAACACGAGCACGCCAGCAGCUGAUAUGGACGACAGCUACAGUUACGGAUUUGAAGACGGGGAGGCUUUUCUUGCAGCGGGAGGACAAGUGAAAGUGGAGGAGGUGGAUUUUCACGGGGAGAUGGAGGACGGGAUGGGUGGCCUGUUGGGCAGUGUGUCUGGGAUUGUGGACCAGCUAAGAACUCAGUCACAAAAUGUAGCCACCGGGAGUCAUGUUUUUAAAGAGGAGGCGAGUGAAAGCUUUAGUGGAAAUUAAUGUGAAACAAACAUUUUUUUUACAGCACUUAAAUUGCAACCCAAUCACCAGAAUGAAUGUUGCCAAUUAAUGUUUCUGCAAACCAGGGAUUUCUGGAAACCUUACAUUCCUUUAAGGUUCAGUUUUCUGUUUUGAUAGAUGAUAGAUUGAUCGAUGUCGUGACAAUGCUGUGCUUAUGAUCUGGUUAGGUUUAGGCGCAAAAAAUUUGUUAAGGGUCAAGAAAACAUAAUGUUUUUUCUUAAAAAAGCUAUUUUUGUCACUUCAAACACAGAUCAAAAUUGUCCCAUGGUCUCCUUUAAGAAUAUCCAGUAAUGUCACUUAGAAAUGUUGUAACACAGUCUCAGACUGUGGUCACUGGCUCAGCAGACCUCCUGCCUGUAACUCCACCCACUGAUAUGACAGUCAGUCAUAUGCCUCUAAUGUAAAUGUGAUAUGACACAUUUUACAGAAAUGUCAAUAUGGUAUGAAGCCUAUGACAUAGACAAAUGUGAACUUUUAAGUUGUUUGUAGAAAUGUUAACUGCCAACAUUUUAUCCUGGUGCCUGGGACAUAAAUACAUACGAGAAGGACAAUGAAUGUCAUGAUAACUUUAAAAGUCUAUGGACUCAAAUCUUUGAAGGCUUCUUUGAGCAGCCACAUGUGUUUUACCUUUUUAUAUGUGCACUAUUUUUCAUGUCAUUGGUAUUUUGGAGAGUAAAGUAACAAUCACAGGCUUCAUUCAAGUGAUCCUUUUUAUUUUGUGCCGUGCCAUGUAGCCUCUUGUUUAGUGAUGCUGUACAUCUGUACUGAGCAGUGUUGUGAAUGUACUUCUGGAGCCCGAAUGACGUUAAUUUUGCACAUAAAUUAUUUACCAUUGAUCUGCAUUAGGAAAUAAAUACUAAAAAUAUAAAAGUGUUUAUUAUGCCAUAUUGAUGUCUCUUCACCACAUGUAAAGAAAAGGAGUCUUGGUAAUAAAACCAUUUUGUUUUUAUGCUCAUUGA